UUGUUUGUUAGUAACCUACUUGUCAUAUAUCAAGUUUAGAAUAAAAUCACAAACUUUCUAAUUGUAUAGUCAAAGAAUAGUUAAAAUAAUUUGGUUUUAACUUGAUUGCAGUCAGAACUGAAACUCCUUGGAACUGUGAUACUUUAUUUAUUAACUCAUUUGUAUUGACAUUGGCCUAGGCUAACUUAACUAAGGAAGUUCCAACCAACAUCUUGUGUCUAUUUUCUAAUUGUCUGAUUUAAGUUUUGCGUUUUACUUAGUUUAAUAAAACACGAAAUGGUUAAACUUUAUGCAUUAAACGUUCUAUUCAAGGGAGUCCAUAAUGCAGUAUGGCUAAAAUCAUCUUAUGACUUGUCAACAUUUGGAUUCUUUCAAAGAGGAAGUGUUCAAGAAUUUAUGGGAUUUGUGAGCAAAACAAUAGUCGAAAGGACUCAAACGGCAGCCAGACAGUCGGUAAAGGAAGGAGAAUAUACAUGUCACGUGUAUGUCCGAGGCGAUAACCUGGCUGGGGUUCUUUUAUCAGAUCAUGAAUAUCCUCACAGAGUUGCCCACACCUUGUUGACUAAAGUGUUGGACGACUUCGCGGCCAAGGUGCCAUCUCACGAGUGGCCCACGGCUAACGAAGCUACCAUCGCUUUCCCGCAACUGAACACGUACCUCUCUAAAUACCAGAACCCCAGAGAAGCUGAUGCUAUGACCAAGAUCCAAGACGAACUGGAUGAGACUAAGAUUAUUUUACAUAAUACAAUAGAGGCAGUUCUGGAGAGGGGGGAAAAACUUGAUGAUUUGGUUUCCAAAUCGGAAGGACUGAGUAUGCAGUCGAAGGCGUUCUACAAGACUGCUCGAAAAACCAACUCCUGCUGCAGCUAUGUAGGUUAAAUAAUUACAAUAUGGUAUUUAACAUUGUUGUAAUAAACCAUUUUUGCAAAUAUUGUUUAUAUUACAUUUUUAAGGAUGUAUAUUUUUAUAUUUUAUCCGAUAGUAAAAUAUAUAUUUACAGAUUUUUAAUUUUUUUUAUAGGUUUUAAAGAAAUAUCUCAAGACGUUUUAUAUAAAUACUAAAACUUAGGUCUAUAAAUGAAAGUAUUUGUUUACUUUUAAAUUUGCAUGAAAACUCCUUAUAAAGGAACUAUAAAUUGAUAUUUCGCCAUUCUACACAGUAAACAGUUCUGGUUUUUUAGACAAGACAGUUGUUUACAGAAAGGAAUGGGUAAAAUCAGCUGGAGGGCUGUAAAUUUACCGAGCACAUUUACAGGGCAAUUGUUCAAAAAGGAAUUGUAUUGGUUUCUUCAGAAUGCUCUCAAUGAAGCUAUACAAUAAAUACUAAUCAGGUUUGGAAGGGCACAUUGAACUUCCAUAGUAAAUAUUGUAAAAUGUUACCUUUUUAAAAAAUUAAAAAAAUAAAUUGAAAAUUUUUUGUAUUAGGUUUACUAUCAAUUGAGAUAGGGACACCACCUGUGUAUCUUAACCCAAAUAUAAGUGAAGGAUGAGUGUAGAAUGGAGUGUCAAUCCUUGUGUAGCUUUGUUACUGACAAAGAUCAGCUGUAUUAUUAGUCAGGAUCAUUUUUUAAAGCCAGAUCAGGGACAGCUGGUUCCAGUUUCAAUCCAUCAAAAAGCUACUGACUUUUCUCAGGAUCGAUCCAGUAACCUUGUACUGAUGGUAUUUGUUGUGUUUGACCCUGUUGCUGGUGCUGUAGCGAAAAGUAUCAUAUACGUCUCAUCCAGAAAUUCCUGUAGGCUAUAUUAACAAUUAUUGGCCAUCCUCAAUAAGAUAAAAAUUUAAAUACUUCACAAAAGUUAAAUUGUAUACUAAUGAGAGCAGGAAUUUCUUAACUUAUAAUUAUCAUCCAUACAAAUUAAGUAGGUAGCAGAAUGGAAAGUUAUUAUGUCCUACAUACAUUAUGUUGUAAACAUGUACUAGUUUGUUGAGCUUUGCCUUUCAGCUCAAUUUUGUGUGGAAAAAAUGUCAAAACUUUGAUUAGGCCUAUGAUGUUAAGAUGUUCAUAUUUAACAAAAUUGGAACAAAACCUUUUUUUGUUAUAAAAGCUGUUUUGUAAGCUAGUAAAUUUUAAUAAUUUGCUAUUAUAAUUGAAUACAUUAUAGCUAGUUUAUUUGUGUACUUAUGUUUAUAUCCAUUUUAUGCACAGUAAAGUUUAUUCAUCGUGUUACGUUACAUUCCUUAUUGCAAUACUCGAUCUAUUGUCUUCUGUUAUAUUUCUUGUUUUAAAUGGGUUUUAAAGGGAAAUGUUACUAAAUGGUGUGUAAGCGUAACUGUUAUCUUUAAUGCCUGGUUUUUAUUGUUAAUAGGUGAAAUAAAUCGUUACCAUUCCACGCUCUCUUAAAAAUACUGUAUAAUUAUUUUUGUUAAAACUCAAGCCCACAUUUUUUCAUAUUAUGUAACAGUUGGUUGUGUGAUCAUCAAACGAAUUGUUAAAAUAAGUUUUAGUCACGAUUUACAAACAUCGUUUUGGGUUUCUAGCAUUAAAAUGUGUCUUUAUAAUCGGGGAGAAUCUCCACCGGAAUUUAAUUUGUAAAGACAAAAUAUACAACCUUUUCUAUCUAUUAAAGUUUCAUUUAUUAGGUUCACUUGUACUUGUACUAGCUUAUUAAUUUAUUUUGCACACCUGCUUUUGGUGUCUUUGAACUUUUAAAAACUGUGUCAAAUAAUAGUAAAAAAACACAAUCGAAUUUAGAUCCUGAAGUUUUAUCUGUACUCAAAAAUAUCAAUUGAAUCAAUGUGUCAUAGAUUGAAGUGUCAAUGAAUGAGAUGUAUGAUUAAAAAAGUUUAAACCCUCGAAUCAAUGUCGGUGUACGAAUAAGAUGCAACACUUCUAAUAUCAUACACAGGAUAACUGACUCAUUGGAAUAUCGGACUCUUUUUGGCAAUGAGUCAUUAUCUCCGAUUUAUUAUUUGAAAUAUCACCAAUCCAAUCAAUCUUUUAAGUUAUGAUAAAUAUUGCAUUUGUCUUACACCAAAUGAGUUUAUUACAUACCUUAACCUGUUUUUUUGCUCCUGUCAAAAAUUAUUAUGUUCUCCUUUUAAUUUUUUCAUAUUCUAACCGAACAAGUUCUUUUGUUUGAUAUGAGGGGCUGGACACAAUUUUUAUAAAAGCAUAUGUAAGAAAAAUUAAAUCAUAAUUUAUCUUUAAGUUAUGUUAAUUUUAAUAACUAUUAACAGAUUAUUAUUAAAAUAUCCUUAAAUGAUAACUGUUAUGUGUUUUUGCCAUGUGUAUAGUGUAAUUUUAUGUACGGCCUAUCAAAGUUGUAUGAUGGUGUAUAGUUUUUUAGUUUAAUUGUUAGGUUUUGGAUUUUAUUGAACAUUUUUGAAGCGAUAAAAACACUUUUUUUACAUGCUUAACCUGUUGGCAGAAACCUUUUUUUGUGUGUACAGUAUUGGGAUAUGUAUUAGUAUAUUUAAUCAUUAGGGCGUAAAGUGACUCCUUUUUGACCCGAGCACUCCCAGCUUUUUUUUUCAAUUUUGCUCAUGCAAAUUAGCAGCUGUUUAGUAAUUGAUUCAUCAUUCUGUCUCUUACGAUUGUGUUCCUGCACAUUAUACUGUACCAUCGAUAUGUCCAAACUAUUGACAAGAAUGUAACAAUAAGCCACAACCGAUUAAACCAAUCGAUAAAUAAUUUUGAUACAUGUGAUUGCCUACAAUCAAAGUUUACAACUGUUUUUUUUACAACAGCUGACUUUGACUCGCUAGGAACUAAAAAUGCUUUUUAGUCUUUCUACUUGAUCCGAAACACAUGUAUUAAAAACAGCUGUGUUUGCUGCAGUAUGAAAAAAAAAUCUUAAGAUUGAAUUAUUAUUCUGUAAAAUGAAAUAGAUUUAUCUCUCAAUAAUAGCAGGUUUAAACAAUUUUCAUUUAAGUUCUUUUUUUAAAUUCAGGUUUAAAUGUGUUGAGCUGAGUGGUAAAACAUUAUGUUCCUUGGACAAGAUAUUUUAAAAGAAAACAUAUUUUACAAAUACAUUAGUUUUAUAUGGGUCCGUCUUCCUGAUCUGAGUGUGGAAUGUUGUAGACGUUGUCAGAAUGUCGUCUUGAAGGUGUAACUGUAAAAUUCCUGUUAAUGAAACUGUGAGCUUGUUCAAGUGUAACUUAAAGGACAUAGGUUUGUUUUGCCAUCCAUGUAAUGGUUAUAUUAUCCGUGUGUGUUCACUGUUGUCGAAAAGUUGAGCUAUUAAAGCAGUGUUCUUUAUA